CACACUGAAUGAGGAGCGAACGCAAGCGUACAGUAACAGCCGCCCGGGUGGUGUGUGACUCCAGAACUGUCGGUGCACUAACCGCAUGUGUCAUCCGGGCCACCGGCGCCAUUGUUUUUUAGCCAUACUUUCUUUUCUUUCCAUGUUUGCUCGAGCAGGAUGUCUCCCGAGGGCGGCUUGGACCGGCUGCCGAAGGUCAUUCCGGCUAGCUUGACGUUAGCUUGCUUCUUAGUUGCGUUAUUAUCUAAACCCUCACAGGCGAAUAAAGGAGUGCAUUCGGGGUUGACGUUAGUAAUGCGAUACUAAUGCGUUACUACGGGACAAACGGCUCAACUAACACGAGCGUCUCCAUUCACAGCACAGUGUUUUAACGCGGUGUCACCCUUAACCAGACUCAACUAAAACCUGUCAUAAGAACCUCAUAACGUUCUAAAUUUCAUAUGCCUUAAAGAGCCAAACGCAAACACCUUUAAGCUUUCACAGUGCAAUGGGUUCCUCCAGCAAAUUCGGCAUGCGUGUGAUCCAUUUACAAUCAAUUAUUUUAGUUUAAAACGACAACAUCGAUCACUGGCGUGGUUGUUAGCUGACGUCACGCUACCGGUUACUUUACACGCGUUUGGAUUAAACUGAAAUAAAAAGUUACUUGGAGGCGAAUCAGGUGGGGUAAAAAAAAUAAUGAGAAUUAGGAGAUCACGUAGCAUAACGUCGAGGCAAGUAAUUCUCUUCCACAGUGUCGUGCAGUCUUGACGUCGCUAGAUGUCCAAUGUAGUUUGGCGUCUGAGUUAAUCUGGAUCGUCAGUGAGGAGCAUGUGCGCUCCUAAUCCCGGAUUACCUGGCUCAUAGACCUCGCUGCAGUUGCCUGCCAUUUGGAAGGAGUCAAGCGGCCACAUUUGAGACGGUGGUGUAACCAGUUAACGUUACGACUGUAACAAUGGAAACGGGUGUUGUCAGACCAGUAGUCAUCCUCCAGUUAGAGAUGAUUUCAAUGCUCAUCAUCAGCGUUCAGAUGGUCUCUGCCUGCGAUAGCUUCACUUUUCGGAGGUUAUUGCGCCAACCUACUCUGGAGUGUUAGUCCCUGUAGUGUGUUUCGAGGAUGGGGAACUUCACGUCCUCGCCGCCUCUCUCCAGCGCGUCCUGUGUACAGUAUGUUAAGGAGAUGGUGUCACAGAACUGCAUUGUGAUAUUUUCCAAGACCACCUGUCCUUAUUGCAAAAUGGCCAAGAAUGUGUUUGAAGAAAUUGGUGCGUCCUACAAAGUGGUGGAACUGGAUGAGCACAGUGACGGGAGAAGAGUUCAAGAGGCCUUAGCUCAGAUGACCGGUGCCAGAACGGUGCCCAGAGUUUUCAUUAAUGGAAACUGCAUUGGGGGGGGCUCUGAUACCAAACAGCUGCAUCAACAGGGCAAGUUGCUGCCCCUGAUCGAACAGUGUGCUCCAUGCUGUCCGUCCUCCAGCUCCGACGGCUCGGGCAGCGGACGCUUCGAGUCCGCUAAAUGACUAACCGUUCUGGUAGCUUUUUUCAAUCCUGUAUUUAUUAAAUGUUUGCUUGAUUUCGCGCUACAAGUGGAACAUUGCUUGAGCGUGUUGUUUAUUUAUCAAAGGGCAUUUGAUACUUGAUGAGACAUACAUAUUCAUGCGGGGAUGUACAGUAUUCUUAUUAAAGCUGCCAUCUUUUGAACAAAACCUGUGGAAACUACUUCUCAUCUGCAUGGUUGUUAUAAUAUUAUAUAUGUAUAAUAUUACAUUCUUAAAAAAAAACCUGAUCACUCUCGGCAUCAGGCUUCAUCAAACUGUGAACAUUGUUGGGUUGUGAGGUAUUGCCAGUGUAAUUCAAAACUUUUUAUUUCAUUGUAUUACAAUAACUACUUUUUUUGUAUGAUUAUCACAUUUUUAUGUGCAAGUGUAUUCAAAUUAGAUUGUACUCAGAAAUGUUCAUAAAAUGAAAAAUGUAAAUCUUUUUUUAAUCUCGUCGAAGCUAUUUUAAAUGGCUUUUCUUUCUGAAAUUUUAGCAAAAGCUAAGCUUUUGUGAAUUUUUAAAUGGUUUACUGGAGUGUAUGAAUAAUCUAACAAGGCUUGAUGCCGGUUAGUGUUAUACAUGUAAAGGUAUUUGGGAUGUGUGUAAUAACUAGAAACUGUCGAGAAUCUGUCAAUAAUAAAACAUAUAAUGAAAGUCUGCCGUCA